CUGCGGCCGGGCCUGUGCGGGACAGUGGGCUGGGCAGCCGGCUGUGCGUGUGCGACUGACGGCCGGGCCGGCGCGAGGCUGCCGCGCGUGACGGGGCCGGCCGUGGCCACCAGGCUGUGUCCGGGGCCUCGUGAGGAGCCGCCGCCGGGGUCUGCUCGCCCGCCGCCUCCGCCGCCGCCGCCGCCAGCUCGCUCCCGGCGGGCCUGCGCCGCGGCCGACUGUGCCGCCCCCAGCGCCGGAGCCAUGGCGGGCGCCGCGUCCCCCUGCGCCAACGGCUGCGGGCCCGGCGCGCCCUCGGACGCCGAGGUGCUGCACCUCUGCCGCAGCCUCGAGGUGGGCACCGUCAUGACUUUGUUCUACUCCAAGAAGUCGCAGCGGCCCGAGCGGAAGACCUUCCAGGUCAAGCUGGAGACGCGGCAGAUCACGUGGAGCCGUGGCGCCGACAAGAUCGAGGGGGCCAUUGACAUUCGAGAAAUCAAGGAGAUCCGCCCGGGGAAGACCUCACGGGACUUCGAUCGCUACCAAGAGGAUCCUGCUUUUCGACCGGACCAGUCGCACUGCUUUGUCAUCCUGUAUGGAAUGGAAUUCCGCCUGAAGACCCUGAGCCUACAAGCUACGUCUGAGGAUGAAGUGAACAUGUGGAUCAAGGGCCUGACUUGGCUGAUGGAGGAUACAUUGCAGGCGGCCACACCCUUGCAGAUUGAGAGGUGGCUGCGGAAGCAGUUCUACUCAGUGGACCGGAAUCGUGAGGAUCGUAUAUCAGCCAAGGACCUGAAGAACAUGCUGUCCCAGGUCAACUACCGGGUCCCCAACAUGCGCUUCCUCCGAGAGCGGCUGACGGACCUGGAGCAGCGCACCAGCGACAUCACCUACGGGCAGUUUGCUCAGCUGUACCGCAGCCUCAUGUACAGCGCCCAGAAGACGAUGGACCUCCCCUUCCUGGAAGCCAGUGCCCUGAGGGCGGGGGAGCGGCCGGAGCUCUGCCGGGUGUCCCUUCCUGAGUUCCAGCAGUUCCUUCUCGAGUACCAGGGGGAGCUGUGGGCUGUCGACCGGCUCCAGGUGCAGGAGUUCAUGCUCAGCUUCCUCCGAGACCCCUUGCGAGAGAUCGAGGAGCCUUACUUCUUCCUGGAUGAGUUUGUCACCUUCCUGUUCUCCAAGGAGAACAGCAUAUGGAACUCGCAGCUGGACGCCGUGUGCCCGGACACCAUGAACAACCCCCUGUCCCACUACUGGAUCUCUUCCUCGCACAACACGUACCUGACCGGGGACCAGUUUUCCAGCGAGUCCUCCCUGGAAGCCUACGCCCGCUGCCUGCGGAUGGGCUGCCGCUGCAUCGAGUUGGACUGCUGGGACGGUCCAGACGGGAUGCCAGUCAUUUACCACGGACACACCCUGACCACCAAGAUCAAGUUCUCAGACGUCCUGCACACCAUCAAGGAGCAUGCCUUUGUGGCCUCAGAGUACCCGGUCAUCUUGUCCAUCGAGGACCACUGCAGCAUCGCCCAGCAGAGGAACAUGGCUCAGUACUUCAAGAAAGUGCUCGGGGACACGCUUCUCACCAAGCCCGUGGACAUUGCUGCUGAUGGGCUCCCCUCACCCAGCCAGCUCAAGAGGAAGAUCCUCAUCAAGCACAAGAAGCUGGCUGAGGGCAGUGCCUAUGAAGAGGUGCCUACGUCCGUGAUGUACUCUGAGAACGACAUCAGCAACUCCAUCAAGAACGGCAUCCUCUACCUGGAGGACCCCGUGAAUCAUGAGUGGUAUCCCCACUACUUCGUUCUGACCAGUAGCAAGAUCUACUACUCCGAGGAGACCAGCAGUGACCAGGGCAACGAGGACGAGGAGGAGCCCAAGGAGGCCAGUGGCAGCACAGAGCUGCACUCCAAUGAGAAGUGGUUUCACGGGAAGCUCGGGGCGGGACGGGACGGGCGGCACAUCGCUGAGCGCCUGCUCACGGAGUACUGCAUCGAGACCGGGGCCCCCGACGGCUCCUUCCUCGUGCGCGAGAGCGAGACCUUCGUGGGCGACUACACCCUCUCCUUCUGGCGGAACGGCAAAGUCCAGCACUGCCGGAUCCACUCCCGGCAGGACGCAGGGACCCCCAAGUUCUUCCUGACAGACAACCUCGUCUUCGACUCACUCUAUGACCUCAUCACACACUACCAGCAGGUGCCCCUGCGCUGCAACGAAUUUGAGAUGCGCCUCUCAGAACCCGUCCCGCAGACCAACGCCCACGAGAGCAAAGAGUGGUACCACGCGAGCCUGACCAGAGCGCAGGCCGAGCACAUGCUGAUGCGUGUCCCCCGGGACGGGGCCUUCCUGGUGCGGAAACGGAAUGAGCCCAACUCAUAUGCCAUCUCCUUCCGGGCUGAGGGCAAGAUCAAGCACUGCCGUGUCCAGCAGGAGGGCCAGACCGUGAUGCUGGGCAACUCAGAGUUUGACAGCCUCGUGGACCUCGUCAGUUACUACGAGAAGCACCCCCUGUACCGCAAGAUGAAGCUACGCUAUCCCAUCAACGAGGAGGCGCUGGAGAAGAUCGGCACAGCGGAGCCCGACUACGGGGCCCUGUAUGAAGGCCGCAACCCCGGCUUCUACGUGGAGGCGAACCCCAUGCCGACUUUCAAGUGCGCCGUCAAAGCUCUCUUCGACUACAAGGCCCAGAGAGAGGACGAGCUGACUUUCACCAAGAGCGCCAUUAUCCAGAACGUGGAGAAGCAGGAAGGAGGCUGGUGGCGUGGUGACUAUGGUGGGAAGAAGCAGCUGUGGUUCCCGUCAAACUACGUGGAGGAGAUGGUCAGCCCUGCGGCCCUGGAGCCUGAGAGGGAGCACUUGGACGAGAACAGCCCCCUGGGGGACUUGCUGCGGGGGGUCUUGGAUGUGCCGGCUUGUCAGAUAGCCAUCCGUCCUGAGGGCAAGAACAAUCGGCUCUUCGUCUUCUCCAUCAGCAUGGCAUCGGUGGCACACUGGUCCCUAGAUGUGGCUGCCGACUCACAGGAGGAGCUGCAGGACUGGGUGAAGAAGAUCAGGGAGGUGGCCCAGACAGCCGAUGCCAGGCUCACUGAGGGGAAGAUGAUGGAGCGGAGGAAGAAGAUCGCCCUGGAGCUCUCCGAGCUUGUCGUCUACUGCCGGCCUGUUCCCUUCGACGAAGAGAAGAUCGGCACAGAACGCGCCUGCUACCGGGACAUGUCGUCCUUCCCGGAAACCAAGGCUGAGAAGUACGUGAACAAGGCCAAAGGCAAGAAGUUCCUCCAGUACAACCGGCUGCAGCUCUCCCGCAUCUACCCCAAGGGCCAGCGGCUGGACUCCUCCAAUUACGACCCCUUGCCCAUGUGGAUCUGUGGCAGUCAGCUGGUGGCCCUCAACUUCCAGACCCCAGACAAGCCUAUGCAGAUGAACCAGGCCCUCUUCCUGGCCGGCGGGCACUGUGGCUACGUGCUGCAGCCGAGCAUCAUGCGCGACGAGGCCUUCGACCCCUUUGACAAGAGCAGCCUCCGCGGGCUGGAGCCGUGUGCCAUCUGCAUCGAGGUGCUGGGGGCCCGGCAUCUGCCGAAGAAUGGCCGAGGCAUCGUGUGUCCUUUCGUGGAGAUUGAGGUGGCCGGUGCUGAGUAUGACAGCACCAAGCAGAAGACGGAGUUUGUGGUGGACAAUGGACUGAACCCCAUGUGGCCAGCCAAGCCCUUCCACUUCCAGAUCAGUAACCCCGAAUUCGCCUUCCUGCGCUUUGUGGUGUAUGAGGAAGACAUGUUUAGUGACCAGAACUUCCUAGCUCAGGCUACCUUCCCGGUGAAGGGUCUGAAGACAGGAUACAGAGCGGUGCCUCUGAAGAACAACUAUAGUGAGGACCUGGAGUUGGCCUCCCUGCUCGUCAAGGUCGACGUUUUCCCUGCCAAGCAGGAGAACGGCGACCUCAGUCCCUUUGGGGGUGCGUCCCUGCGGGAGCGGGGCUGCGACACCUCGGGCCAGCUGUUUCACGGCCGGGCCCGGGAAGGCUCCUUCGAAGCUCGCUACCAGCAGCCAUUUGAGGACUUCCGCAUCUCCCAGGAGCAUCUCGCCGACCAUUUUGACAGUCGGGAACGAAGGGCCCCGCGAAGGACUCGGGUCAAUGGAGACAACCGCCUCUAGCUGUGCCCCAGCCUCGUUGAGAGCAGCGGGUGCUGUGCACCUCACGGAGGGCCGUGGACUGGGUUCCUAGAAAGCUGCCUGCGUGGCAGCCUUCCUGGCCUUGCCACCUGGAGCCUGGAUUCCAGCAGUGGACGCUAGAUGGAAAGCAUGCUGUUAAUGAAAUGUAUCACUCACUAUUCGGGGCCUCCAUGCCCCAGCUCUGGGUGAAGGCAAAAACUGUACUGUGUCUCGCAUUUAAGCACACACAUCUGGCCCUGCCUUCUGGAGAUGGAGCCUUCCGUCUGUGGGACCAGGACCACGGCCGCAGCCUCUCAGAGAGAGAGGCUGCCUCAGCCGGCAGCACGGGAGGCUCUGAGGGGCCACUGACAUUCCUGAGAGGAGGGAAGGAGGAGCAGCUUUGCUGGGCUAGGGCAACGAAGUUUACAUAGUCCUGUAGCUUUAAAACCACAGCCGGGAAGGGAGGGAGGGUAGGUGUUCCCGCAGUUCGGCCCUGGAGCCAGGGCCGAGGAGCACAGAGCCUGCCUGGAGAGGAGGACACAGCACAAGGGCACGUUGCCCACGACCAGGAGCACCACCCAGCCUGACAGACGCGGGGCUGCGUGGGAACAUAGCAGCACUGGGCAGCUGGGCUGCGGAGGGUUAACCCCGAGAGGGCCAGCGGAGGAGGCUGAGCCCUGGGGUGCCCCCUGGAGCGGGGACAGUGACGACGUGCCCAAGGCCACAGCAGCACCUCGGGGCCAUGGGAGGACGAGGGCCCCGGGGCUGGACGUGCUGGGCUGUGGUGCCACCUGCCUGUGGCCUGGACGCAAGCCUGAAGCACCCGCUCACCAGGGUGGACCUGUUUGGGCGCUGGACGUGCUGGGUGGCGACUCCUCCCGCGUGGUCAGCGAGGACGUGCCCGCAUUCACGCCACGUCCCCCGAGAUCCACAGCAAGGCGACAGCUUGGUCAGGACGAUCGGCGCCAGUGGGGCCAGAGUGGAAAAGCCGGUCACCAAGGCAGAGGUCAAGCUGGGCACUGUCCCCGUACGUUAGGAAACUCCUGCACACAAGUAACGUGUCCUCCCUCAGCAAGGCACCCUCCGCAGCCCCAGCAGGCUGGCUGCGAACCCCAAAUCAGACUGAAGACCACUUUCCCUGUUGCAUCGAAAGACCUUGGAUCUGAAUCUGCCGGAUGACAGUGCAAGGGGAUGCUGUCUGAGAUGAUCUCAAGUAUUUGUGAAAUCAAUCAAAUCCUGUUUGCUAAUAGACGUACAUGAUGUUGGAGUAUGGAAUUUUAAAGUUUAUUUUUUGCACACUCUAUUUCUCACGAUCUUCAUUACUUCACAUAGGAUGUAUGAUUUUCUACGUCUUCCACUUUGACCUGAAAGCUGCUUGGUGAGGGGAUUGAGGAAGCAGAAUGAAUGAACUUAUCUGCACUGUGGCAGAACUGUUAUUUUUACGGAUUUUACAGCUCAACUAACAGUGUUACCUUUUCAAGAUUUAUAUAUACUCUUCAGAAGAACCACUGAGCCGUUAAAGCCUUGUUGUUAUUCAAUCCUAAUAGUGAUUCAGUUUUCUAUAGCUUACUUUUAGGAUAGACGGUAAAUUAUUUAACAUCAUAUUAAACUUUCCAUAUCAUGGACUGUAAACCGAAGGAAAUUAUACAAUUUCUGAGAAAACGUAUUGAUUUAUUUAAACUAAUUCUGAAGUUGUAUUUGAAAGUAUGACCUCACAGUCAGCUGUCCAUAGCAAACAUGUCUAUAUAUGGUUGCCAACGUUUGGUUUAUAAUUUAAAUGUUAAUAAAAAUUUUAAAUUUUA